AUGGACAAUGACCCGCCUUCAGGAUCCGAGACAGAGUCAAUCAUCGUUGCGCGAAAGGCUAGCAACAGAAACAGCAGUGCCGCCAAGGCGCUGAAGAACAUCCCUUCCAUCGAGGAUGACGUCUCCUAUCUCCAACCGGACUUCGACCCCAACAGCCUCCCAGUCCCGAAACUUCGCAACAUUUUCCUAGCGCACGACGUAGCCUACAGGUCUGCAAAGACAAAGGCCGAAUUGGUGGACCUGUUUGUGAGAGAGGUUACGCCGAGAGCAGCUGCCACUUUGGAAGCCAUGACGCGUGUCAAACGUUCGGACAGAGGCAUUGUUGACGUCGGCCGUUAG